GCCUAUAGGUAUGGGUAUAUUUAAGUAUAUCGUCGUAGAUCUCUCUCUCUCUCUAUAUAUAUCCUCUAUACCUUGUCCGUAUCCUUACGCACCUAGAUCCCUUAUCUAGGUAGGUAACCCUACCUGCUCUCAUCCAGCCGCACACCUCGCGCUAGCGGGGAGUCCUCGGCGCGCCGGGAGCUGGCUGCGCUACGAUUGGAAACCUCCCAUGGCUCGCAACAUCACCCUCGUCCGAGCGCGUGCGGCUCCGGGCCUGUCCGCGAGCCCGGACCUAGCAAGGUCGCAUGCCUGCCUACAUAGCCUGCCCGCGCUCUCUCGGCGACAGCGAGGCCUCCUCUCCCCCCCCUCCCUCCGAAACGCUUUACCCUUCUCCCCUUCCCCUCCUCCGCCACCGCGCCACGUAAUAUGGGCACACACGUACAUGCACCAGCGGGCAGGCAAGCAAGCAGGAAGAAGCUUAUCACCAACCCCGUCGUGUACGGCGCGCGCGCGCGAACGACAUUCGCUGUGCUCCUCCUCCUCGUGGGGAGAGGACCGGGGGGGCGGGGACAGGGCCCGAGCCACGGAGCCUGUUUCGGGCACGCAUUGGAUAAUUAAUCAUUACCUAAUAUCCAGGGGGUUAUUAGCUUCAGCCUCUGCCUGGCCGCUGCCUACCUCCCCCCUUUUCCUUGGCGCCGUCCGAGCUCGUUCUAUGGAUAUCUUCGUCCUCUUCUUCGUACAGUCUCCCCGAUCGCGGCCGGGCAGAGAGGUUCUCGAAAGGCCCCCUUUCCCCUCGCCGACGGCGUCCCUCCUCCGGAAUCGUCCGGCGUCGAGGAGCACGCGAAACAUGUCGAUGUGAAACAUCGACGCCGCGCGGUGUGCCACGUAGCCCUGCCUAGGGGCCGCCGGCAGCUAGGCAGGAUCGGGGCUGCCUGGGGCACUGGUGGGGAUACCCAGACCACCGGUGACGUCUGCGAGAGAGACAGACAGAGAGAGAGAGAGAGCUAUCGCCGUAGCUCGGGCCCUCGGUUGGCUCGCUCUAUAGCAACG